AAACCUCGGUUCAUUUUAAAAUAACGUCUGUUGCGGUUCGGUCGUGGAAGUGCUUUACACUGCUGCUACUAAGGAUUACCACCAACGACUAAUUGACCCAUGUCGAGUACGGUUUGCGGCUUCAAGGCAUAGUCAACUGUGGUCAGUUUGGUCCUCUUAUCGCGUAUUUCCGCCCGGAGUGAAUGCAACACUUUUAACAAGUUCAGGAAUCCCAUACUAGGGUGCGAAAUUUCUGCGGCCGUCAGUUCAGUGUUUCCCGUCGUUAACAGGGAACGGAUCAAUUGCAGCCGUCGGCUUGGAAUUAGGAGUGCAUAAAUUUAGAGCUAAUUACCUCAAAAAGUGAAACAAGUGAGCAAAAAUGGGUGCCUUGAAGAAAAUGACACGCUGUGGAAGUAUAAGUACAUUGUUCGCAGUGCUAAUAGUGCUGUUUGGCGUCAGUUCGUCGGCCCUGACCACAUUUGGCAAGUCCAACACACAGAAUCAACAGGCUCCGCAGCCAACACGGGCACCAGUGAUAGCCAAAGAAUGUGUCAAUCACGGGGACUGUGCUACGAUAGUAGCCACGAGCUGUGUCCAAGCCGCUGACGGAAAAAUGCGAUGCCUCUGCGGAGACUUUGAGGCGCCCGAAAAUGGCUACUGCAAGGCCAAGUACAAAGGUCUCAACCAUCUCUGCACGGAUAACAUGCAGUGCGACAUCGGAAUGAUAUGUACGACGAAGAACGUCACCAAAACUACCACCCUGGUGACCAGUAAAACCUUCAUGACGAGUAAUAUGCUUCAGAACAACAGCACCAACUAUAAGAUGUGCUUGUGCGAUAAGGAGGUCGGUUACGUCGAAGAUAAGCACGACUAUCGCCAUUGUAGUGGAGCGGUUCCUGCUGUCUUAUCGGCAUCCCUGCUGGGACCCAUGAUGGUUGCCAUCCUCGGCUGCACGGUUCUACGGAAACCGUUCAAUCACUGGUUUGCGGACAUAUAAGCGCUCUUCUAGUGCUCCUGGCUUUAAAUCCACAUUAAUCAUUACGUACAUUACAAACGAUUUAAGCUUUAGGAAACGCGCGCUGCUGAUCAUGAUUGUGAUUGCAAACUCAAGUGCUAAGAGAUGAUCUAGAAAUAUAAGCACAUAGCUUCUAUUUAGCUUUGCAAGGAAACGAAUUUCCUUUCUCGUAUAUGAAAUAAAUCAUGCCUUCUUAUGAUCAACGCUUAAGUGCACCAUCCAAUGAUUAUGAGCAAAAAUGACAGAUUCUAGUUAGUAAGAACCAAUAUAGCGCCAAGUCGUGUGUGAAUUCUACAAACGUUUUAGACUAUAGGAACAGAACAGUGGCUAUUUUUGUAUAUUGCUUUUCAACAGAUGCACGAAAUGACAAGGCAAUUCAUAUUUACGAAAAUCAGCACAAGAAGCGAAUGGAAGAUACAUAUCUAAAUUAUUGAAGAAAACAAAAACAACUUUUACAAAUACAUGGAUAGAACUAUCAAUUCUAGCGAUAAGGAUUAAGACGUACUUUAUUUUUCCCUAUAAAUUCUAACAUUCAGAUAGUGUCGACUUUGUUUCGAUGUCCACAUUUACUAGAAAAAAAAAGUUUAAGAUGCGAUGUAUUAGGAUAGUGCAAAUUAUGUAAUUUAGAUUUUCUAAGUAUCAAUAUAUGUCUUAAAUAUUGUGGCUUUUGUGCAGAUAUUACAAAAUUUCAAGGGACACACACAUACAAAGAUGGAAGCAUGAAUUCUGUCCAUCAUUUUAAAGUCUAUUAUAUGAGAUAGCGUUAUACAUAACGAAUAAAAAUCAAUAAUUUUA